AUGCGUCGUAUAGCCGUUUUUCAAUUUCGAACGUUACGUGAUUUUUGUGAAUUAUCACAAAAACUCAUUAAGGAUAAUCUUCAAACAUUCUUACAAACAGAAUUUGUUCAAAUACAUUUGAUUUCUGAAGAUCAACUACUUAUUCAAAUGGGAUCAUUCAUAGCAGAUUUUGUUGAUAUGACACCGAAGACAUAUUUUCGAAUUUUAUCAUUUAUUCAAAAUAUCACAGCACAGAAUUUAUUUCUAACUGGUGCUUCAAUAACAAGUGUACUACCGCUUUUUUAUCGUGAGCGCGGUUCAAAAAUUAAAAAAUUACCGUAUCCGGGAAUAAAUUAUACGUAUGCAGAUAAUUCUUCUUGUACAUGUUCCAGUUCAACAGCCAAUACUUGUAUGGGUUUAUCAACAUUGAAUAAUGAUAUUGUUAUUGGUUUUAAAACAGGUUGUUAUAUGGUAAGUGCACUUCUCAACUCAACACUCGAAGUAUUUCAUAAUCAAACAUUUAUUAACAUUCUUACAAAUUCAUCAAAUGAUUUUCACAAACUCAAUUCUUCAUCUUCGAAUGAUACUGUUGGAACGCUAAUGAAACAAAUGUUUAUAACUCAUUGGUUAAAUCAAACAUCCUUUGAACAAUUUUUUAAUGAAUGUAAACCAAAUUUCUGUCAAUAUACAAUUACUAAAUCUUAUGAAUAUUUACUUAUUAUUACAAUAUUAAUUGGAUUAUUUGGUGGAAUCUCAUCAACACUACGCAUCCUUAUACCUUUAAUCAUUACAAAAGUUUGGCCAUUUUUACGAAAGCUCUUGACUAGGCGACGAAAUCAUCGUAUACAAUUGUCCCAAACUGAAACUAAGAAAACAAAAUAUUCGAUGAAUGAUCGUAGAAAACAAUUUUUUCAAUUCUUAGAAGAAAAAUUAAUAAAAUUAAAUUUAUUUGAAAGUGCUCCUCCGUCGACAAAUGAAACGAUUCUUCUUCAACAACGUUAUACAACACGAUUAUAUUUAAUCAUGUUCUUUUUAUUAUUAAUUAUUUUAUUCCUGUUUAAUUCAAUCAAACCACAAAUAAUUCAAGUUAUUAAGAAAUCACCAACCUCAGAUGAUUUUCGUCAUCUUGAGAAAGACUAUUCUCGAACACUUCGUUGUCCUUGUUCUCAAAUAACAACUGAAUAUAAAUAUCUUAUUGAAAUCAAGCUUACAUAUUAUGAAAUUUGUACAAGUAAAUUUGUUUCUUCUGAUUGGAUCAAUGUUGAAUAUAACGAAGAAAAAAUAUUUCUCGAUGAUAUUCGAUAUCAAUCAAAAUUUUAUUUUCAACUUUUAUCAACAUUAUGUCAAAUGUCAAAACAAACAAUUGAAGAAAGACUUCAAUCAUUUUAUCGAACACAAUUUCUUAGUCAUGAACUUGUUCAUUCUCAAUCAUUUCAACUUCAAUUUCAAUCAAUUUUCGAUCAAUUUAAACGAUUAACAUCUGAAUCAUUUCAACGUUCAUUACAAUUAAUAAGGCUAAACUUUCAAAUCAAUCAAUUUAAUACAGAGUUGAAUUCAGAUUUUAUAUACGAUGAAACGCAUGGGCGAAUUAAUAGUAUUGGUAUUCUUAUUCAAAGCCGAUGGUGGUCAACGCAUGAAUGUUCUCGUUGGAAUCAUACAAAUGAACACAGGUGUUAUUGCGAACCUACAUAUCUUAAUGCUAGCUGUUCCAUAAAUACUGUACUAAGAUUAAAUGAAACUAAUGAAAUAAUUAUUCCUGGAAUGUUUAUCGGUUGGUUUCCUUAUGAAUCAAUUCUGAAUUCAACUUUAGAAUGUUUUUAUAAUGAAACAUGUUUUUCUCAAAUUUCAUCACAAAUUAAUUCAACAGAUCAUUUUUCAAUACUCAAUUCUUCUACUAAUGAAAAUAAUACAAUUGAAUAUUUAGCAAAUCAAUUAUUUAUUCAAUCAUGGUCAAAUGAAUCAUCAUUUGAAUCAUAUUUUCAUCAAUGUCAUCCAUUAAAAUGUGAAUAUAAAUAUGAAACUCGUUUAAAUUUUAUUUAUAUUUUUACAACAUUUCUUGGACUUGUUGGUGGUUUAAAUAUUGUUUUUCGUCUUUUAUCACCAUUAAUUAUAAAAUUAAUUUAUAAACUUUAUCAUUAUAUCGAUCAAUGUAAAAGAAAUACACAAGAACAAUUGACAUUUGUAAGUCAUCUUCGUAUUUUUUUUAAAUUCAUAACAACAACUCUUAUUGAAAUUAAUCUUUUUUCUCCAAUUCCACCAUCGAAUGAUCCAAAAAUCAUUCGACGAAAUCGACGAACAACUCGAAUCUAUUUUAUUUUAUUAUUAACAACAUUUCUCAUACUAAUAUUCUAUAUAACAUUGGAAAAGGAAACAGUCACAAUUAAUGUUAACAAUCCAACAGUAUUACAAUAUAAACAAUUAUUCAAUCAAUAUUCUAAUACACUUCAAUGUCCUUGUACACAUAUUGCGAUUAAACAUAAAAUGUUUAUUACACAAUUCGAGCCUCAUUAUCAUGAAGUUUGUUCAAGUAUUUAUACAUCAUCAAAAUUGAUCGAAGAAUUAUAUUUUAAUUCUGGAUUUAUGACAAAUGUGAUAAGGGAUCUAUAUAGAUUUGUAGCGAAAAAUUUUGGAAUAAUAUCAGUAUUAUGUGAACUUUCAAAGAAUAUGCUAAAUAUCUCAUUAUUAAAUUUUGAACAAACUGAUUUUGUCACAUCAGACGUUAUAUCUUAUGAUGAAUUUAACAUUCGAAUUGAAACAAUUCUUGGAGAAUUUGAAAGAACAAUAUCAAGUCAAUUUACAGAAAUAUUUCAAUUAAUUCAAAUAGUAAAUCAUGGAAAUCAAUUGGCUACAAUAAAUGAAAUUAAUUGGAAAUUUAUUUUAAAAUAUAAUCUUUCCUAUGAAAUUGUACGUACUACUCAUGUAAUACCUUUAUUAGCCUUACCAAUACAAUAUAAUUCAUCAAAUUGUUCAUGUGGAAUUCAAUCGAAUUGUUUACGCCCAGAAAGUUUUCUAUAUGAGAAAAAAUUUCUACAACUAUCAAAGCUUAAUCUUGGAUUUCAUGUUGGAUGUGAAAAUUUUAAUGCUAUUCUUCAAUCAAAUUUAAAUUGUUUUUACGAUUCAGCAUGUGCUACUUUCUUGGAAAUAGUUCUCAAAACUGGAAUUUCACCACAGCUUACUUAUUCUUCAUCAUCAAUCCCAAAUAAAACAAUUGAACAACUUUUUUCUAAAUUAUUUGUUAUCGAAUGGAUCGAACACAAAUCGUUUGAAAUAUAUUUCGACGAAUGUCAACCUGAAAUAUGUCGAUAUUCAGAUUAUGUACGAUAUAAUUUUCUCUAUAUUAUAAUAUUUUUAAUUGCAUUAUUUGGUGGAUUAACGAAUGGAAUGCAUCUUAUUAUAAAUUGUUUAUCAAUCAUAGUUUAUAAAAUUAUCGAUUAUCGAAAGAAAAAAAUUGAAAUUGUACCAAAUUCAGUUCAAUCUGAUAUGAUUGAAGUUAUUCCAGAAUCUUCAAUAACAAUAGAUCAAUCAAAUGAAAAUUCUAUUGAAGAUCAACGAAGUUCAAAAGAAAUACGUCGAGAUAAAAUAUUACUCAUCUGCUUAACUUUAUUAUGUAUAAUUGUUAUCAUUGCAAGUAUAAUAAGUCUCUUUCUUACUCAAACUAGAAAACAAGAAGAACAAUCGCUAGUGACAACUCCGCAUACAAUUGUCAAUACUACUACUACAACAAAAAGAAUAACACAAUCGACAACUUCAAAAAUUUGUUAUAAAACAUUCAAAUAUCAAGAUGAAAUUUAUCUAACUGAACACAAUCCUGUUGCAUUAGUUAUGGGUGAUUUUAAUCAAGAUUUAUAUGUGGAUUUAGCGGUAGCUAAUGCUGAUUCUAAUUCAAUUAGUAUUUUAUUAGGAAAUGAAAAUGCAUCAUUUCAAAAGCAACGAACUUAUUCAACAGGAAAUAGAUCUAAUCCACAAAAACUCGCAGUUGUUGUGGCUUUAAAUGGAACUGAUGAAAUAGUGAUUUUUUUCGGUAACACAACGAACGAUCUAUUCGACUUACCAGCAUAUAAUUUAACAAAUCGCUAUCCUCACAAAAAUGUCAGUGCAAUUGAAAUAUAUGAUUGGAAUCUUGAUGGAUUUAAUGAUUUAUUAAUUAGUCAUUAUUUCAAUACGAAAUCUUUUUCAAAACAAUUCAAUCUUUUGUUAAAUUUUGGUAAUGGACGUGAUUUUGUAGAAUUCGGUACUGUUGUCACCGAUAAACUCAAGAACAGAAGUGAUAUCUUAGGAGUAUUAUUGACUCACUUUGAUCGCACUUCAUUAACAGACGAUAUGGUUUUACAGAUGUCAAAUAGAGAAAUAAUUAUUCUCUCUGAACCGGAUUUUGAUGGUAUAUGGAAAGCAAUGUAUAAAUAUAAGGAAGAACAUUAUACCAUGCAAUUUGUUACAGAAAUGAUAAAAGGUAAAUUCAACUACGAUCCAAUGGAUGAUUUAGCUGUCAUUUCUACAUACUCGAAUAAAUUAGAGAUUCUUUAUUAUGUGGAAGGAAUGGAAUCGUUAGCUGAGUCUCAUUAUUUCUUUCAACCGUCUUAUUUAACAAGAUGGUAUCCAACAUCUUUCACUCGAUUAAAUUUCAAUGAUGAUGGAAUGGAUGAUAUAGCUAUUUUACAUUGUGAUAGAGCAAUAACUGUCUUUUUGUCAACCGAAUAUGGUAUUCAUGAUCGAAACUACCUGUCUUUUGAGAUCAAUGUCGAUAGUAACAAUAGAACAUGUCCAAAAUUAUUGAAAAGCGUCGAUUUAAACCAAGAUGAUGAAGAUGAUCUUAUUUUCAUUGACACAGAAUUUAAUGCUGUGAGAGUAGUUUUAAAUUCUGUUUGUGACGAUUAA